AUAAAUAAUAAAAAGGCUUUUAUAUGAGGCUCUGCACUCCCCGCAUGUCAUCGAUGAAACUAUACGAACGUCUUGUCUAACUUCAGACUUAUGAGUCGCUACGUAGCUCGACAACUCACCGCAUAAUUAGAAAGGUCAUAUUACUUAAUAAUACUUAGAAUAACUGGUGUUUAUUCAUACGAAGGUAUUUUAACUAGAGAGGAAUCUAGUUGGUCUAAAAUAGAGGAACUUAACCAAGAACCAAAGCUCUAAUACUUAAACCACCACCUAUCAACACCCGAAUCGCAAAAAUGGCCCCAAAGAAGAUGAAGAUUACAGAUUUAUACAUUUACCCCAUCAAGUCUCUAUGCCCGCUCUCCGUGCGCAAAACGCGGCUUCGUCGGGAGGGAUUACAGUAUGACCGUCGCUUCAUGUUGCUCAAGGUCCUUCCUGAUGGGGGGUACAAGAACAUCCAGACAGUCUACUUCCCCGAGUGCACCCUAUUUGACCAGACCAUUCAAGGUGACGGAGAAGGCGGCCUUGAUGUUGUCGUCACCUACCGUAUCCCAGAGAAACCGCUAGUUAACCCGCCGCCCCCAGAGCAGAGUACUGCACUGCGCGUACCCCUCAACCCCACCUUCGACGGCCUCGACACCGUUGAUAUCGAGCUAUUCGGUAGCCCCACGUUCGCGUACCGCAUGGGCGACUCAUAUGAUGCCUGGUUCUCAUCGUGUCUAGGGUAUCCCGCCGUACUCGUAUACAUCGGCGAGAAUCGACGCCCAGUACUAGCACACUCACCACCUACACCCGCGCCUCUAUCACAGAGCAACUCCUGGCUCUCGUCCAUCACAUCAUACAUACCAUACUGGUCGCGGGCCGCCCAACCAGAUGCCAAAGAAACCAAUGAUGGCGGUCUCGCCUUCAACGAAGCCGCGCCCUUCCUCGUAACAUCCAAAGCCUCACUGCGCGAGGUCAGCACCCGCCUCCCUUCAGAUCAACCCAUGAACAUGAUAAAAUUCCGACCGAACAUUGUCGUAGACGAAGUUUCCGACGACGACACCAAUGACAACGAUAGCGACUACUACAGCAUCGACGAAGAACCAUCAGAAGAACAAGGCGAAGCAAAAGGGGAAGAAAACGCCCUCAAAGCCUACGAUGAAGACCACUGGGCCGAACUGCGCAUCCGGCGACGCCACCGCCUAGCUCUAACUGCAAACUGCGCGCGCUGCGCCUCCAUCAACAUCGACUACAGCACGGGCCGGCCCGGUACCAACGAGUCGGGCUCCGUGCUAAAGAAACUGAUGAAAGACCGUCGCGUGGACACGGGAAACAAAUGGUCGCCUAUUUUCGGGCGGUACGCUUUCCUGCUCCCCCCUACUUCCCCGCCGCCAGAGCAUAGUGGGGAUGAAGGGGAAGAUGGAGAUGGGGAGGACUGGGUAGCUGACGUCGCUGUGGGGGACGAAGUCGAGGUUACGAAACGCAACACCGAGCGAGACGUAUGGGCGUGGCCGAAAUGAGUCCGUCCGUCUGUCUGUCGUCCGCUUGCUUGUCUGUCCAUCUGCCCACUUUCCUCCAUAUUCCGCCGUCAUAAGGCCGCGGGCGCGCGAUCGCGCAUGGAGAUUUCGAAACCCCCAUCUAGCGGUGAGCACAUAUCGCAAGCAUGAAUUAGCAAGCUUGGCUUGUCUUAUGUGUACGCACGAC